AAAAAACCGAAUGAGGAUAUUAUACUCGGACAACAGAGUAGAGAGCGAACUCCGCACUUCCAAGAUGCGCUUCUAGUCAUUUCCCACUUCUACACGUCAGGAAACGAGAGAACUCAGUAUAUCAAUCCGGACCGCGGGGCUUCUCUGAAGCGGGGAAGUGAACUUGGUUCGGCCUAG